AUGCUGUCUCCAAAGCUGUCUGCUCCUUCAGCGUCGUUACUGCGCUUUCUACAUACACAGUCUGGGUUUUCUGCUGCCCCAGCAUGCGCUCGCCCGAAACGUCUCGGCCGUGACAAGGCCUUCUCGACUGAACGAACCUCCAAACUUUCGAGCUGGGCACGUCCCACGACUCCAUACCCUGCAAGAAAUGAUGGCGCCACGAACGGAAGAUCCAGCGCGACCAGACCAAUGCUCUUGCCGUCACCAAUGCCGACACAGGUAACAUUCUCGCGUCUCGCGUCCACCAAAAGUCGCCCAUUUCUCCGACGGCUGUUCGAUUUGAAGCGGAAUAAGGCGUCGGAAUACCAGAACCAAAGGCCUGCUGGUCCUGGGCUUAUUGACGAAGGCACGGAGGGUUUAUUCAACAUUGGCCGAAGCCUUUCAGCGAAGGCUUCAAACGAGCUGCGAAUUCGAUGCACGGAGUUUGAUAUCAAUGGAGACGUCACGCUUGUAAAUGGGGAGUUUCGGAAGCUGGAGCUGAUUGCAAAGUACGGACUGCUUCCUCGGGACCUGCGCAAGAUCGAUUCAUCAACUCUCCCUCAUAUUCUGGUACGGCCGAGUGCCAUUCUAAUCAACCUCCUUCACCUGCGAGUGCUCAUCAAAGCGGAUCGAGUGCUUGUGUUCGACGCGUACGGAUCAACAGACUCCUACAUGCAAUCGCUGUUCAUCUACGAUCUAGAAGGAAAGCUACGCCAAAAGCAAUCACAGCUUGCCACUCAGCCCAGCCAGUCACUGCCAUACGAGUUCCGCGCGCUGGAAGCCGUUCUCAUCAGUGUUACAAGUGGCCUUGAGGAGGAAUUUAACGGAGUGAGAGAUCCGGUCGUGCGUGUUCUACGCGCGCUGGAGGAAGAUAUCGAUCGUGAUAAGCUUCGGCACCUUUUGAUCUACUCUAAGAAGCUGGGUACAUUCGAACAGAAAGCUCGAUUGGUACGAGAUGCUAUCGAUGAUCUACUAGAAGCAGACGAUGAUUUGGCAGCUAUGUAUUUGUCCGAGAGAGCGAAGGGCAUAGAGCGAGAAGAGGAUGAUCACCAAGAAGUUGAAAUGCUCCUGGAGUCAUACCACAAGGUGUGCGAUGAAAUCGUUCAGGCCAGUGGUAACCUUGUGACGAAUAUCCGCAACACAGAAGAAGUAGUCAAGGCCAUUCUCGAUGCCAACCGCAACUCGCUCAUGCUCAUGGACCUUAAGUUCAGCAUUGGAACACUCGGCCUCGCAACAGGAACAUUAUUCUCCGCUCUCUACGGAAUGAACUUGAAGAACUUCAUCGAAGAAUCCGAUUUCGGUUUCGGUGGUGUCUCAGCCAUAUGCUUCGCUCUUACAGGCUUUGUAUGCGUCUACGGACUUGCCAAACUUCGCAAGCUCCAGCGCGUCCGCAUGUGGGGUGAAUCCGGCGUGGGAGGCACUUCUCUCGCUCCGCUAUCUCCGAAGCGCAGUGCACUCGGCGGUAACCGCAACAACUGGCGCGCUGAUUCGAUCGAACCUAUCUGGGGCAGUCUCCCAGGUGAAGGCAGAUCCGAACGCAUGAAGCGUCUCAGAGAGAAUGCAGCAGCUCAGGCUGCAUCUAGGAACACCAAAUUUGGAGUUCCCAAUGGCCCUGGCACUGCUGCUGCACAAUCUCCAGCUCCAGCUUCUCCUUCUCAAAAUACGUCUCGCUCAGAAGGUGGCAAGGGCACUGAAAAGGAAACUGCUGCUCGCCGCGAAGCUAAUGUGAAGCCUGACCCAGUCAACUAG